AUGUCCUAUGGCGCGCAGCCUCUUUCCUACGAUACACCCGCGUUCCCUUCACUCUACUGGCCUUUCGACACCAAUCCAGCCACACCCAAGUACCUCUAUUCGCUCACUGACAUCUGGCGGUUCACGCUCUACUGGACUCUAUUGACGGUACCAACCGCACAUAUUCUCGUUGCAGGCUGGGCCGUCAUCAUGCAGUUCUCCACCGCCUAUCAAAGACAUCGCUUCCUUCAUCAUGCGCCUGAAGGAGUGGCCUUGAGCAAGAAGAACAAAAAGCUCCUUGGUGAGAAGCCCAUAUAUGAGUGUCUCACCUGGGUUUGGCUUAUCCCGCUUGUGUACGCGGUGAUGGCAGGUACUCUGGCAUUGCUGAGCGGCAGUGUUGUAGGACUGAUUCUAGGAGCUAUUUACAAUGCGGGUUACUUCAGGAUGAGUACCUGGACCCCUUUGUUUUGGGGAAUGGUGAACAUGCUUGUACUUAUCUUGGGAGGUUUCAGAGUACAGGGUGGUCUGUGA